AUGAGGUAAUUAAUUUAAAUCAAUAUAGAUCCUAACAAAUUAUUUAAAUUUAAUAGGAUUUAGCUCUUACUCAAGUUGAUCCUAUUACAAAAUUAUCAAAACUCAUCUUUUUAUUAGUAUUUACGAAUAUAUAUUUACUAAUUUAUCUGACUCAUUUAGUGUUUACAUAUAACCUAAUGCAAUUAAUAAUAUUUUAUUAUUCUUUUGAUGCUAUGGUGAUGUUAUUUCUAAUCAUUUUAAAAAUGAAGUAAAUUAUAACUAUUAACUUUAGAUUUAAAUUUGCUGUAGGAAGUUCAAUAUUUGAUAUUUUUUUUUCAAUGAUUAUCAAAACAAUUCUUUUAAUUCAUUUUAGAUUUAGAGAGGUGGAAAUUUAAUUAUUAGGUUAUGUUGUUUUGGCCUAUUAUUUAUUUAGAUUUUUGGUUAUCAUGUUUUAAAAAGUCAUAUUUAAAUCACCUAUACAACGAUAUAUAAUUGUAUUUAUUUCAUUCAAAAUAGUAUAUUCAAGGCAUAAAAGUAUUAUUGUCAUUAUAAUUAUUGAUGAUUCUUAUUAAACUCAAAAACAUGAUAGAUUGGAAUUGGUUUGUGGUAUUUAGUGUGGCAUGGAGUUUACUGGUCAUAUUUUUUAUUUUUCAUCUUAUCCUUAUUCUAUCUAUUAUUGAAAUUAUACAUGAUUAUUUAAUCAAAAGAGCUACAAAAUCGUAAAUUAUUGGAAGCUUUUGGUUGAUAUUGUAUUUUUUUGGUUUUAGUGGAAUCCCAAUGUGGUUUUGUUACAUUAUCUGUAAAAAUUAAGAAAUAAUUAAUUACCCCAUUAGACAAACUAGUCUAAUACUUAGUAUUCUAAUUAUUUUGCAAACUUUCUUAAUUUUAAUUUUCUCCAAAAUUUGUAGAAAACAUAUAAAGUAUUUUAUUAUAAUAGUACAGAACUUAUAUUCAAGAUUUUGGUUUUGAAGAUGAAGUAUUGACCUCAAAUCAAAAAGAUACCAAAUAAUAAUAAACUACUCAAAGUUUCUUAAGAAUUACAUUGCCAAAAAAAUUAAUUUAAGUAUCAUCAACUUAUUUUGAAUACUUUAAAUAACCCAUUUAACAUUCUUAAUAAAAUUAAAUAGUUACUAAUAGUAAUUGCAGCGUCAUAAAUUAAAAAGUUAAAUUAAAAGCUUUUGAAUUUGUAACCAGAAUAGAUUAAAUGCAUUCUCCUGAAAAAGAAUCAAAAUUAGUUUAGAAUGAUGAUAAAUGCUAAGUAUGUUUUAUUCACGAAUCAUAAAUUGUUAUGCUACCUUGUAGACAUGGGGGAAUUUGUAAUGAUUGUUUAAAAUAAUGGUUAUAAAAGUCUCAAAACUGUUACAUUUGCAGAUAAGUAAUAUUAUCAUACUAAUAUAGAAAAUUAAUUAAUUAUGCAAAAUUCAAAAAGAUGACUCAGGUAAUUUUACUAUUAAGGAUAUUGUAGUCUGCAAAAAUUGA